ACCCAGUCCGGUAGUGUAGGCUGUCGUCCCGUGACUUCCGUCAAUGCACCGGUAGCUUCAAGCAAUACGUUGCCGUCCGUGACUCGACCGAGCCAGCCACUAACAGAAGAGCCCUCAUACUGGAUUUGUACAGUUGUAAAGGAGUUUGAGUGAUCCCCUUCCACAAUAUCGCCUGCUAGGAAACUCUCUGCAGUGUCUUUAAACGGAGUAGUAGCGUUACUGGCGAGAUUAAACAGCACGUAGUUGGUACCGUCCAGGACGAUCCAUCGCCCUAGAGACGACGUAAGCGAAGCCACCGCCGUGUAUGUCGUCAAUAACGAUCCACCGGCGAACUGACCGGCAACUGAAGGGUUUGCGUUAAGAACCGAAGUGAUCGGCUCUUCCCCUCGACCAGCUCCACCUUCGCGGGUCCAGAUGGGUACACGCCAACCACGAAGGUUCCCGAUGCCUGUCUGUUCACCCAGUCCGAAGAAAGCUUCUUCGAGUGGAGACUCGUACGCAAUGUACACGUUGGCUACGUCAGAGCCGUCGACGCUUGCAUUGAAUUUAAGCGUUUGCGAGUCAUCGGAAUCCAGAGAGAACGACAGCGUCCAGGUCCAAUUGGAGUCAUCGAAUGAUCCCGAGAGUUCUACAUAUCGCAGAGUUGAAGUCACGUCACCGAUGGUGAUAUUUUGUAUGGGAGUUCCCACGGUAUCGCCGUUUAACUCGAAGUUCCCCGAUGAUUGAGUGAUCGUCGUGAGGCCCGUUGAAGCCGAUACAAAGGCACGGUCCGACGCGGCUGUAUUAGACCAGUAUUCACGACCUCGACUGAUGUCGCGUUGACAUCGACGGCGACGGUGAACGACGUUCCCAGGACGUAGUGAUUCACAGCAGCGUCGACUUGAUACACGGUUGUCCCGAUCAACGCAGCGAGGAUACCAGUCAUCCGCAUCUUGUUUUUGUCAAUUCCAAUUGCUGUCUCGGUGGAGAAUUGAAGAAUGACAGAGGCUGUGCCGGGUGUUCUGAACUAGGGUAUCUUUGUUUGGGUCUCUCAUCCGAUCAGCUUCGAUGCUCCACCGCGUUGACUUCCGUUCUUCGGACAGCCAUGUCGAUACGGUCGUACCGGUUGGUUAAUGGUGCAUCGACACCACGCCAAUCAACGUCCUGGAAGUCUACGCGUGAGUAUUACCGGAAGAACAACCUCUAUCUGCAAGUGUAUGGGAAGAUGUCCGACCGUCGUCGCUAUGGACAGUGCAUGACUGCUUACGUUGACAGAAAUCACGUCAGACGCGGUUCGCUCCUGAUUGAUUAUCAAGGCGAGACCUACUGGCUCACGGAGGGGGUCGUUGUAGGGCUGCCCUUAAGAAUUGGGUGUCGUGAGUGUUCAAAUGCCGCUGCGUUCGCUGCUGGCCGUUGCCUGCGCUGUGGUAACUGCGGCGCGGACCACCUGCGUCCGAGCGGGAUCGAGUCCGAUGAGGGCGCCGUUUUCCAGAUGAGGGCACUGUGUACCACUCACCAUCUCUCAUUAUAUAUAUCAUACCAGUAUUAUUAGGAAAAGUAGCGGGGUCUACUAUUUUCGUUGAGA